UGACACAGCGAAUAUGAUGAUUAUUUACAUGGCUUCAAUGUUGCAACAAGAGAGAUGUUUCAGGAUGUUUCUCCUGAGGUCCUCUCUCUGCUGGGUUUUGCUGGGUUAUCUCUGAGGUUCUGGCUUAUGUGUUUGGGUUCAGGAUGACUCAUUCCCCAUUUCCUCUAGAGCUGUUGAUGUUCUGUGUUCCAGGCAGCAAUGCCUCAUGUGUUGUACUACAAAAUGUUUUUGGAAUUAAUUUUGCCCUCUAUUUGCUGUUUGUUUCAGGCAUGCUAGUUACAAUUUUAGGGAACUCUUUUGUCAUCCUGUCAAUAUGUCACUUCAAACAGUUGCACAGUCCCACCAAUGUCCUCAUUUCAUCUCUGGCUCUGGUUGAUCUACUAAUGGGUGUUACUGUGAUGCCCUUCAGUGCCACCCGGUCUGUUCAUGGCUGCUGGUUCUAUGGUGAUAUGUUUUGUCAUCUGCAUGCCAGUUUUGAGAUGUUUCUCAUCAUUGCUUCUAUCUUCCACCUAAUUUGCAUUGCUGUUGACAGACAUCAAGCAAUAUGCAAUCCUCUGCAUUAUUCUAGAAAAAUCACGGUAACAGUGGCUGUGAUGAUGGCAUGUGUCAGCUGGUCACUGGCUGCUGCCUACUCUUUUGGAAUACUUUAUUCAAAGGCUAAUGAGGCAGGUUUAGAAGAUUUAAUGGCCUUAUUACCAUGUCUUGGUGCCUGUUUAGUUUAUUCUAACCCAAUUUGGAGAAUCUUUGGCAGUACUAUCUGCAUUUUCUUUCCCUGCACUGUGAUGGUUUGUAUUUACACGCACAUAUUUAUUGUGGCUAAACAGCAUGUACGAAAGACUGGAGAUAAGAGCAAAUGUUUUAAUGACAGAGGAAAAGGUGGGUUUGUUAAAAAGUCUGAGAGCAAGGCUGCAAAGACUCUCAGUAUUGUGCUUGGUGUAUUCAUCUUUUGUUGGAUACCCUUGUUUGCAUUUUCAAUAAUUGAUCCGCUCACUGGCUACAAUGCAUCUCCUCUCCUCUCGGAAAUAUUAUACUGGUUGGGUUACUUCAAUUCAGCCUGUAACCCCAUUAUUUAUGCCUUGUUUUAUCCUUCCUUCAAAAAAUGUUUUCAUUGCAUAAUUACUUUGAAAAUAUUUAGCUCAAAUUCUUCCAAUAUGAAUUUAGCUGUUAAAUAA